GCGGUCUUUAUUCAGCAGCAGCUCCUCCAGCAGAGCAUGAUCAGUGGUCAGACCAGUGAGAGCUACAAUGAUGGAAACAUCUCUUCAUGAUCUGCUCUUUCUGACUUCACUGGUUUGCCUCAUAACUGAUGCAGCUGCUCUGACUGUGAGUCCCAGCAGAUCUCAGUUCUUUGAAGGAGACUCUGUGUCUCUGAGCUGUGAGGAGAACAACAUCUCUGCUGGAUGGACUGUAUGGAGGAACACAACCAGAGGAACCAGGACUCAGUGUGGAAAGGAAUGGGGGAAACCAGCUGGAUCUACCAGUAACAUCAGUUAUGUUUUAGAAAAGGACAGUGGAGUUUACUGGUGUUCGUCCAGAGAGGGAGCAGCCAGCAGCAGCAUCCAGCUCACUGUCACUGGUGGAUCAGUGAUCCUGCAGAGUCCUGUCCUCCCUGUGAUGGAGGGAGAUGACGUCACUCUGAGCUGUCUAACAAAGACCACUCCCUCCAACCUCCCAGCUGCUUUCUAUAAAGAUGGCUCCCUCAUCAGGACUGAGCCCAAAGGUCACAUGACCCUCCACCAUGUGACCAGCUCUGAUGAAGGCCUCUACAGGUGUAACAUCAGGGGUCAUGGAGAGUCUCCAUCCAGCUGGAUCUCUGUUGAAGAGAAACCUGCCCCCCCUCCCCCUGAAACCACUGGACCUCCUCCUCUGUCUAAAUAUGUGCUGCCAUCUAUUGCCUGUGUCUGGGUUGUGGUUUUCCUUCUGCUGCUGGUUCUACUGGUGAGACGAAGAUGGAAGAGGAAACCUGACAUUAAAGAAAAUGAAGUAGGAGAAGACAGCAUCACCUACAGUGAUAUCAGAAUAACUCAGCAUCAAAAGAAAAAAGAAUCAAGUAAAGUGUCAGACAGUGAUCCAGCUGCCGUCUACUCAGCAGUGAGAACAGAGGACAUUCACUAUGGACAGAUUGCCAUCAGAAAGAAGAAACGGAAGUCAAAACCAAAAGCUAGUGACCCUGCUGUGCAUUAUUCAUCUGUGAGGACAGAAGACAUCUGUUACGCUCCAAUAAUGAUCAGAGAAAAUAAGAACAGAGAAUACUCCACCAGCUACCACGAGUGUGAAAGAACCACCAACAUUCAGAAGUGA